CGCGUGAAUUAAAGAGCACCGCGCUAUAAAUCGAGAAUGCCAAUCGAUGCAAGAUGGUUGACUUCUGAAAAUGGACGUCGGUCGAAGAUUUGACAUCAGUCAUUUGACAUACGAGUGAAAACAAGAUAAUUUUUGACAACAAUUGGAGAUCAUUGAUUUUGUAAACAUCGUAGGAACGGCAGAAUGUUAAGAACUCUGUCCGAAUUCGAAGUAUUCGUGAAUUAUCAGAUCCCGAAACUAAGCACAAUCGAUCAUCCAAAUAUAGGAAUGACAUACUUGAAAAAUCAAAUGUCAACGUGAACUAUUUUCAUGUCAUUUUGACGGAGCAACGAAGAUUAUUAUUAAAAAUGCUCUCGCGAAAGAACAAAGACUUGCGAACAAUUAAGGAAGGCGUCGUUGGCAAAUAUGUCAAAAAAGAAACACCCCCAGAAAUGCCUAUAAACAGCUGUACAAUAAUUUCUGCUAUCAUUCACUUCAUUGUGCAGUAAUUAACGUUUGGACAACAGAACCGAUGCGAAGGGCAAGAAGACGCAAUCAAUCCACAAUAGCCCCGUCCAUGCCCGUUGUCCAACAGCCCAGUAUGGUCCAAAAAUUUGGUAAUACAAAAACAACUAUGAGUGCCGUUGGAUUAGGGAGCCACGAGGGAAAGUAUACGCCCAACAGCUCUGUCCCAGACUUGGCUCAGCGAUUUGCCAGUCUAUCCGUUACCUCUGGUUCAAGCGAUGGGACAACUUCACGCACCCCGACCCCUAUGUAUCAUCCAGGACUUUCUCCAGCUAUAUCACAUACGUAUGUUAACCAGUAUGCUGGCUCUGAAUAUCACUUAGACAGAAUUCAAACACCCCAGUUGCCCUACUUACCUUCUGAGAUCGAUCUUGGGUAUGAAGACUAUAAUCAAACUCCAUACCGUCAAAAUUCUGGAAGGAGCCAUUCAGAGAGGUCAAGUUCUAGAGGGGAACAGCCGGAAGAGUUGCCUCUUCCACCAGGAUGGUCGGUUGACUUCACGCUACGUGGUAGAAAAUACUACAUCGAUCACAACACAAAAACUACACAUUGGUCCCAUCCACUUGAAAAAGAGGGCUUACCGACGGGCUGGGAGAGAAUAGAAUCCCCAGAGUACGGAGUAUAUUAUGUGAAUCACAUUACAAGACAAGCGCAGUACGAACACCCCUGUUACCCCCUGGAAAUGCAAGCCGUUCGAGUAGUUUCACCUCCAAGGCAUACCCAUUUCCACUCCCACAGCGUCUUAGUCCCAGCGAAUCCCUACCUCAAUGAAGAAAUCCCACAUUGGCUGUACGUGUACAGCCGAGCUUCCGUCGCUUUAGACCGGAAAUUACGUUGGGAGCUUUUCCGUCUUCCAGAACUAGAUUGUUUCAAUGCUAUGCUCACCAGACUUUACAAACAAGAACUAGAGGAAGUUGUGAUGCGCUACGAGGAGUACAGAUCGGCUUUGCUGUGCGAGAUGGAACAGAGAUUAAAGGAAUUGAAUCCUGAAUCUGAAGCAUCGACUGCAGGAGCAGUUGCUUUGCGUCGAUCCCUACCAUAGACGUGACAUGCAUAAAAAUGAAUGAUAGUGAAAACUUGAUUAAUAUCUAUGGCUGACUGAAACGAAGUUCCUCAGAUGGGGUUGUUACAUACAAAUAGUGCCUUAGAUGCUCAGUAACACGACUGACCACUAUUUUUUUGUAUGAUAAUUUUGUGAAAUAAUGUAUUUUAUCACGUCUAUUUUACAAUGUAAAAACCGAAGUAUUAAGUAUGAAUCACAUCAUUUGACAUGAAA